GUGUGCAGAUCUUGGGCGUAGAGGAAUCGUUGCUGCAUAAAAAAUUUUAUAUGCCUAGGGCAGUCUGCACACGGCUCAAGCUAAGCAUUGUAUGGAUAUUUUCAGCACAGGAGGCAAGGAAAUAUAUCUCCAUUGCUUGGGGAACUCAAUUAACCGUUGCUUAAAUUUAGCAUUACAUAUAAUAAAGAAAUCAGGUCAGGGAUUAUCAUACUCAAUCCAUACUUCAACUAUUCAUUUUAUUGAUGAAUCACACCCAUUUCACGAAGACGGAGACAUCGCAUUAAAACAACGAAGCAAUUCCGCAGUGCAUAUUAAACUUUCAAAGCAUAUGUCUCAAUGAGGUGUAGACUCCUUGAUCAUGUUUAAAUUGUCAGAAAUUGUUCGUUGGCUUGGACUUACAGAAUUCGAAAUAUUAAUAAACCUGUGUGGAAUGCUUGCCUUCACAAUUGUAUUGGCAUUCAAAAUAUCUGGGAUUUAUACGAGUUCUGUGAUCGAUUGGUUUACAACUUUCAGUCCCUUAUUUUGCAUUGAUAUUUUUAAUGCCUACUUUUGCGUAAUCGUAGGCAUUCGAAUGUAUCUUGACUCGGACAACAAGAGAAAGGCACUUCAUCGAGUUAUGUGGAGCUCUUAUUUUUUAGUGCUAAUUGCAAUAUUUAAAUAUUUGUUAUGCUUAAAAUUAUCGGGGCAAACUGGAUUAGAAUAUAGUGAAGUUUUUUCCCCACUUUUUGUACUGUUGCAGUUGGUGGCAAUACGGGCUUGUCAAAUACCUAAUUCGUAAUAAAAAUUGAUAUGUUGCUUUAUGUA